CCGCACCCCCCGCUCCCCUCGCUCUCCCAGUCCCAGCCAGCCCCUUCACACUAGCUCACUCUCUUUCCCCCUCCCCUCUCAUCCCGGUGCCCGGCGCCGCCGCUCCGCCAUGGCGUACUCGGCUGGCGGCGGCAAGAUGUCGGCCGUGGACGCCAUCCUCGCCGAGGCGGCCGACCUGAUCGCGCUCGAGCAGAUCGCUAAGCUCAACACCGCCCACCUCGCCGACGACUCCGCCCUCCCGUCCAGCCUCGAGUCCCGAUUCCGCAAGCUCAAGUCCCUCCCCGCCGGCCCGGCCGCGCCCGUCAAGACCCUCGGCCGCAGCGCCACCGCGCCGCACCCCACCCUGCCCGUGCCCGACCCGCCGCGGCUGAGCCCUGCGCCUCACCAGCAGCCCGCACCCACCCCGGCGGCCCAAGAAGAGCAUCCACCGAGGCCCGCGGUCCAAGGCGAGCGGCCACCGGGAGGCGCGGCCGCGGCGGAGGCGGCCGACAAGAAGGGCGACUCCUCGCCGCCGCCGCAGCUGCGCCCUCCAGCCAUCGUCCCCGCGGUUCACGACGACGACGAGGACCUGAAGAAGCUAUUCGGAUCAGGUGGGCUGGGCCGGCGGACGCUGCGGGAGCGGAACAGGGGCCGGGACGACGACGGCUCUCGCUCGCCGCCGCCGCCGCGCCAGGCGUGCUGCUUCGGCUUCUCCCCCAGGAAGCCCCUGCAGAGGACGCCGACCAAGGGCAAGAAGGCCCAUGGGUCAGGGGACGGCGACGUUCUCGGCAUCGACUCCGGCGAGUGGGGCGACGAGAACAGGAGGAUGGUCACCGAGCUCAAGAAGCAGCAGCACAAGCUCAAGAAGGCGCUCGAGGAGCAGGUGAAGGUCAGCAGGGAGACCGCCAAGAUGGCAAGCUGGGUCAAGCAAGCGUCGGCGCGCAUGACUCAUACCGCGGCCAUUGACGACUUGCUCAGUGACUGCGAAGACGAUGAGGAGCUCAAGUAACCAAAAGCCGUCGCCUUGCCUGUCUUCUUUAUCAGUAGUUCCACUGCAUUGAUCGCAAAUCCAUCAAAUGCUUACCGUUACUUUGGAGCAGAGCUAGCAUAAGACUUGAGGUUCCAGAGAAAAUGAAAAUAUGCUGUUUUUUCUUUAUGUUUUUAGAUGAAGAAAGAUGUAAAAUGAAAUCAGUAUGUAAGGAGGCCAUGAGUAAUAGAAGAAUGAUGAGAAACCUUCUAUUGUCAAAA